GCUGAGCCGAGCUGCCGAGUGCGCUCACGAAUUACAUAAGGCGUUUGGUGUGUCGGGUCGUCGUCGAUUGGGGAUCUGCUCCACGGAGGAGGUCUAAGUCGGUAUUUGAGUUUCACGAGAUAAUACACGGCACACAAGACCAUACGAUCCGUCACACGCUUGCAACAUGGGUUUCGGCGACUAUCCCGCAGAGUACAACCGAGCUGUCCACGGCCCCUACGAUCCGGCUCGUUUCUAUGGUCCAAAGGAUACGGCAUUCAGUGAGCUGAAACUCAAUGAAAUUACUGCCUGGCUGGGAAGGCGCAACAAAAGUCCACAAAGCUUUGCCGCUCUUUGCUCAAGAGCGUGGUGGCGUUGGCAACACAAAUAUGUCCAGCCCAAGCGUUGUGGAAUAGCACCAUUUUUUCAGCUGACUUUUGCUGGCAUGUUUAUGUUCUACUGCAUUAACUACAAGAGAAUCAAACACCACAAUAAUUACAAGUACCACUAAUCUAUGUUUGUUUCAAGUAGAUCUGCAAGCUUUUACAGCUGUUAUAAACACAAACUGUUUAUUUCUUGUGUAAUUUUUAAGUAAAGAUUUAUGUGAGAAAAAUAAAAAUUUCAAUCAGUCUAUGUA